UUCUCAAGUUCUGCGGUCAAGGUUUACAGCAACAGCCAUCUACUGGUUAUAAUUUAUUCAUCUAUUGACCACGCCCUCCAACUGUAGAUAUUCAAGGAGGACUACCUCCAUAUCAUUGCCAUGCCUGAUAGCCAGUCUUACGUGGAUCGCUCUGCAGUUCUCUGCUUAGCAUGCUCCUCUUCUCUCCCACCGCGCUCCAAACAUGUCGUGGGCAACACUGACAACGAUAUAUUCAUAACAUCGUGCUGCAAUCGCCCUAUCUGUCCAUCUUGUCUCUCCGCCAACCCGCGUCUGCGGAGGUACAACCCUUGUUUGUCUUGUCUGGGUGGUGUGGAUGUGGUUGGUACAGCCAGUGGUCUAGUUUCAGCGACAAAGACACCCAAUAUUGACGGUGCAGUUCGGGACGAGGAUAACUUUGUGAUUGGUGACGACGAUGACGAUAUAGAUGAUGGAUUAGAAAAUACAAUACCGUCUGGAUCACUUCUGAGAUCCUCUCCUCCACCCCCCUAUACAGCGCAGAAUGAGUCAUCGUUUACUCACACCUCCUCUUCAACCUCCGCCAACCAUCGAGAGGGGGAGACAAUGGAAGAUAGAUCAAAUCCUGUCAUUGAAGCAGCACCUUCGCGCUAUUUAAUCCAGCGGGGAGAUACUUUACAAGGCAUCGCGCUCCGUUUAGGUGUGAAUGGUCGUGACCUUUGCCGCCUGAACAACCUGCCCCCGAGUACUCUCAGCACCACACCACACCUCCUCCACACCCGCGUAUCCCUCGUUCUUCCACCUUCCGUUCGCUCACUUAAACCACUUCCUCCCGUAAAUGUGGAAGAGAGAGACAAGCGCGUCCGUGAGCAGGCUGGAAGACGAUUACAGAUGUUGACGAAAGAAACAGACUGGCGGAUAGCUAAAGCAUAUGUUGCCCUCGCGGACGACCCGGGAGAGGAAUCGUCACAUGCAAUGAAGGCGAAGGAGAUAGGCGGUAGUUCUACUGGUGCUUGCUCUUUGGAAGCGCGAGCUGUAGACAAAUAUUUGGAAGACGUAGAGUGGGAGGAACAAGAGGGGAGGGCCGGAAGGAAGAUAUCAGCUGCACAUUUACCCGUGGCAAGCAAACAGAUUCGUAAUCCUGUUAAUAAGGGCACUCGUGGUUGGGUUUGACGGCUGUCUUGAGACUGAAAGAUUGACUACGGACUUGUGAUAUUGUAUAUCAUUCACACUCGGACUUGUAUUCCAGCGAUAGAUAUUAACUUGUAUCGGUACAGUAUAUUUUCAGUUUGGUUGUUGACGAAGUCGUGCUUUAGGAUGUUGAAAGUGCAAAUGCAAGCACUACACUAUUCCAUAGACUGGUCGAUUGUAUGCUUGUGUAGAAGUUUACAAUGUAUCGUACAUGUACCUUCAAAAAGACAUACUUGAAUUAUUUUUACAA